AGAAGAGAAGCAUUUUACGACGCACAUUCUAAGACGGUUAUUUGCGACCGUCUUAGAAUGUGACGCGGUGGCAAACUUGUAAUUAAGUAACAAAAAAUUGUUUUCUACGACGUACAUACUAAGACGGUCGUUAAUAACCGUCUUAGAAUGUGCUUGGUUGGCAUUUUCGUUAUUCUUGACAAAAUAACAACGACGGGUUUUAAUGAAAACCGCCUUCGUUGCAUUUAAUCUUUUUGCACACCAGCCCAAUAGGUUUAUGCAUUAUUGAACGUUUGUCUUGCGCAUGCUCUCUACUCACCUUUGUAGUCCCCGCCGUCAAAAUACCCAUUCCCAUCGCCUUUCUCUCUCCUUCUUCCUCUGCCCCCCAAAAAAAUGAAGCGUUUCAUGCUCCCAAGAAACCCUUUCAGCGACGCAGCAGAGCUUCCUUCUUCGCCAAGCCCAACCCCAACUACCAGCUUUGCCAAACUCCGUCCCUCUUCUCACAAACACAAACCCUCCAAAGAGAACGACCUUCCCUCCGAUCCCAAUCUCGUUACUCCCUCCCCUGCCAAAUUGAAGAGCCCCUUGCCCCCAAGACCCCCUUCUUCCAACCCUCUCAAGCGCAAGCUCACCAUCGUUGAUGCCCUAACCGACAAUUCUCUUCGAUUUCGGCAUCAAGGUUAUUGUCAGGAUGAGGCCAUUGUCUUCGGACAAGGACGAAGGAGAUCCCACAGUUCAGAAGGUUUUCAAUGAUUCCUUGUCCAUUAAUGGAUACAAUUUCACCUUCGACUCCGUUGCUGACAUGGCGGCUACUCAGCUGGAUAUUUUCGAACACGUUAGGGUGCCUCUAGUGGAGCAUUGUUUGGUUGGGUUCAAUAAUUGUGGGAAGACUUAUACAAUGUGGGGUCCUGCCAAUUGUUUAUCGCAUGAAAAUGAUCAACAAGGACUUGCCCCCCGUGUUUUUCAGCAACUCUUUGCACGCAUAAGUGAAGAGCAAACUAAGCAUUCUGAAAACCAACUCAGCUAUCAGUGCCACUGCUCUUUUCUUGAGGUUGAUUGUCUCUUAAUUGUUUCUUUUUGUGUUCCUGACCUACUUAACAAUUUUAGUUUAGUCCUUUUGGCACAAAGUUUGUUUUUGCAGAUAUACAAUGAGCCAAUCAUGGAUUUGUUGGAUCCAAAUCAGAAAAACCUACAGGAAUGGAGCAAGGAACUUAUCCUCCUUGGGCACAUGGUCCCGGUUAUGUGGUCUCAGUUGAUAUCACGAGGACGAUGUCCAAGAAAUUCAGACAUAACCAUUUGAAGAAGACGUUGCAAUGGGAAUCUGGAUCGCAGUCAUGAAGAAGGAAGGUCUAGAAGUUUGCUAUGAGAAUGAGAUCAGAGUUUAUCUCGAAGGUUGUAAGGAUGGUUAUGUGGUUUCCCAUUACCAAGGUCCCAGGGAUAUGCUCUUUUUGUGGCAGAAACUUCUGGUCGAUAAACAUGCAAAAUGUUGUGGUGAUAGUAGGAAAUGAUUGAGGACUGGUCAGGUUACAACUUACAGAAAAUAAAUAAAAAGAAAAGGCUAGGGAGCUUUGUAUAAUGAUUAGAAUAGUUAGCUUGUAUAACUCAAUUAUCUUAUUGCUCUAUGUAGAGAGUGAGAGAGAAAUUUGUAUAGAGCCGCCAAUCGUAAAUAGGUUAUCAGAUUUUAUGGCACCUAAUCAAUUUUGAUUGAGAUGUCAUUGUACUAAGAAACCUCAAUUUUUUUUAUUUUAUAUUUUUUUCUCCCUACCCUUUUCUUUUAUUUGAAUAAGAUAUAGGAGUAUAAUGGUUGAUAAA